GCAGCGGCAGCAGCAGCAGCGGCGGCUGAGGCGCUUUCUCUUGCUGUAACCUAAACAAUGACUCCUACUACAGAGCGGAGGAAAGCACGCCAGUAGAAUGCGUUACACGGAGCCCAAACCUUGCUUUUCGCUGCUAUUCCGACCACUCACUUAAACUUACCGACAGUAAACAUGUGGAUACCUACAGAACACGAGAAAUACGGCGUCGUGCUGGCCAGUUUCAGAGGGACCGUCCAGCAUGGCCUCCCGCUGGAAAUUGGAGACACGGUGCAAAUCCUGGAGAAAUGUGAAGGAUGGUACAGAGGAUUCAUCCUGAAGAACCCAAAUGUGAAGGGGAUUUUUCCAUCCAGCUACAUCCACUUAAAGAAUGCCCACGUCAAGAACAAAGGGCAAUUCGAGACAGUCAUCCCUGAUGAAGACUCUGUCAUCACAGAGAUGACAUCAACUCUGCGAGACUGGGGUGCCAUGUGGAAGCAGCUCUAUGUGAAAAAUGAGGGGGAUUUGUUCCACCGGCUUUGGCAUGUGAUGAAUGAAAUCUUGGACCUGAGGAGGCAGGUGCUGGUUGGCCACCUCACUCAUGACCGUUUGAGGGACGUCAAGCAGCACAUCACAGCAAGAUUGGAUUGGGGCAACGAACAGCUUGGCUUGGACCUGGUCCCGAGGCGAGAGUUUAGUAUGGUGGACCCCGAUGAAAUCAGUGUCACAGAGCUUUACAGACUGAUGGAACACCGACAUCGUAAGAAGGAGACAUCCACCCCUGCUAGCACCCAUCAUCUGUUUGUCCACGUGAAGAGUCUAAUGAGCGCUAAUCUGGGGGAGGAGCUGGAAGUCUUCUUUCACAUUUAUGAUGGACGGGAGAACCGGCCACUCAGUGAAAGGUUCUUUGUAAGGCUGAAUAAGAGCGGGCUGCCCAAGUCACCAGAGAAGACAGAAAGACAAUGCACGCUAUUUGUGGAUUUGGGAAGCAGUGAUCUACGAAAAGAUGUCUACAUCGUUGUGCACAUCAUAAGAAUAGGGAGGAUGGGAGCAGGAGAGAAGAAGAACCAGUGCAACGUACAGUACAGGCGGCCGUUUGGCUGUGCUGUUGUCAGCAUUGCCGAUCUACUUACUGCUGACUCUAAGGAUGACCACCUGCUAAAGGUUUAUACGUGUAACACUGAGAGCGAAUGGUCCCAGAUCCAUGAGAACAUCAUCAAAAAGGCCAAUUCUAGGUACAACUUGUCUGGAUCAAACACUGGUCUGGCAGUGGCUCUGCAGCUCCUCCAUGGGGAUAUAGAUCAACUAAGACGGGAGUACAUGGUCCUUUUCACCCGUGGUGUGUCAAUCACCAGGAAACUGGGCUUCUCUGAUGUCAUCAUGCCAGUUCAGGGUUAUGUGGCAGCUGGCUCAGGUGAACCAAGUGUGGAUGAGUACCAUUCCUUGGUGUUGUAUCACAACAACAGUCCCCGCUGGGGCGACCAGAUCAAGCUCCCUAUUCCGGUCGACAUGUUUCGGGGGUCGCACGUCCGCUUUGAGUUUCGACAUUGCUCCACUAAAGACAAGGGAGAGAAGAAACUGUUUGGCUACUCCUUUGUUCCUCUGAUGCAAGAGGACGGAAGGACUCUGCCAGAUGGCACCCAUGAGCUCAUUAUCCAUAAGUGCGAGGAGAACACCAGCUUGGCUGACUGUUCACGCUACCUGAAGCAGCCGUUCUCCAAGCCCAACCUGCCGUCUAACAAUCAGACGCUGAAAGGCACCAAGGAAUCUUUCUGGAUCACCAGCUUCCUCUGCUCCACCAAGCUCACGCAGAACGGUGAUAUGCUGGACCUGUUGAAGUGGCGAGCCCACCCUGAGAGGAUCAACGACAGCUUAUCAAAGCUGAAGGAGAUCGAUGGCUCGGAGAUUGUCAAAUUUCUCCAGGACACCUUGGACACCCUCUUCGGGAUUUUGGAUGAAAGCUCCCAGAGAUAUGGACUUAAGGUGUUUGAUUCACUGGUUCAUAUCAUCAACCUUCUCCAGGACAGCAAAUUCCAGCACUUUAAACCUGUCAUGGACACCUACAUCGAAAGCCACUUUGCUGGAGCUUUGUCCUACAGGGACCUGAUCAAAGUGCUGAAGUGGUACGUGGACCGCAUUGUUGAUGCAGAGCAUCAGGAUCACAUACAGCAGGUGCUCAAGGCCAGCGAGUACAUUUUUAAGUACAUCAUCCAGUCCCGUCGGCUCUUUUCGCUCGCUACAGGAGGCCAGAAUGAGGAAGAGUUCAGAGUCUGCAUUCACGAGUUGUUCAUGUCCAUCCGCUUCUUCCUCUCGCAGGAGAACAAAGGCACCACGCCCGUCGCACAGACACAGGCCGUGUUCCUCCGAACAUUUCCGGCAAUUUACGGCGAGCUGUUGAAGAUCUUCACGGUGCGCGAGGUGGCCGGUUUCGUCAGGGAGACUCUGGGCAGCCUGCCUACCACCGUCCAUCCUGACUGCCCCCUGGAGGCCGUCAAACUGCAGUGCAUUGCCAAGACUGUGGAAAGCCAGCUUUACAUAAACCCAGAUUCACGAUGCAUCCUGUUGCCGGUGGUGCUUCGAGUGCUACAGGCCCACAUGCAGGAGCAGAGAGACCUGGUCAUGUGUGCCCAGAUCCUCUCCAGCAUGCUUUCUCUAAUCAAGAAGGAGGAAAAUGGCACUGCGGGAGAAUUUGUGGCAUGUUUGUUGGCGCUUCUGCGACAGAUGAGUGACAAGCACUAUCAGAAGCUGCUGCAGGCGUUCAGCAGCAAAGACGACCUGAGGGAUUUCCUCCUUCAUAUCUUUACAGUCUUCAGGAUCCUAAUCCGACCAGAAAUGUUCCCUAAAGACUGGACUGUCAUGAGACUGGUCACGAACAAUGUCAUCAUCACAACUGUCCUCUACCUUUCUGACGCUCUGAGGAAAAACUUCCUCAAUGACAAGUUUGACUACAAGGUGUGGGAUUCGUAUUUCUACCUGUCUGUAAUAUUUAUCAACCAGCCCUGUCUUCAACUUGAAUCCUUCUCUCCCUCCAAGAGAAAGAAAAUACUGGAAAAAUAUGGAGACAUGAGGGUGAUGAUGGGCUGUGAGAUCUUCAGCAUGUGGCAGAAUUUAGGUGAACAUAAGUUGAACUUCAUCCCAGCAAUGAUUGGGCCGUUCCUGGAGGUGACGCUGGUGCCUCAACCUGAUCUGAGAAAUGUCAUGAUCCCCAUUUUCCAUGACAUGAUGGACUGGGAGCAAAGACGCAGUGGCAAUUUUAAGCAGGUGGAGGCCAAGUUGAUUGACAAGCUGGACAGCCUGAUGUCUGAAGGCAAAGGCGAUGAGACAUACAGGGAGCUCUUCAACAGCAUAAUUCCUCUGUUUGGUCCGUACCCUAGCCUGCUGAAGAAGAUCGAGAGAGAGACCUGGAGGGAGAGCGGGAUCUCCCUGAUCGCUACCGUCACUCGUUUAAUGGAAAGACUGCUAGACUACAGGGAUUGCAUGAAGUUGGGAGAAGUUGAUGGCAAAAAGAUCGGAUGUACUGUCAGUUUACUGAACUUCUACAAAACAGAGUUGAACAAAGAGGAGAUGUACAUCCGCUACAUUCACAAACUGUAUGAUCUGCAUCUGAAAGCACAAAACUACACAGAGGCGUCCUACACCCUGCUGCUCUAUGACGAGUUAUUGGAAUGGUCAGACAGGCCGCUCAGAGAGUUUCUCAACUACCCCAUGCAGAGCGAGUGGCAAAGGAAAGAAUAUUUGCAUCUCACUAUCAUCCAGAACUUCGACAGGGGGAAGUGUUGGGAGAAUGGCAUCAUCCUUUGCAGAGAGCUUGCUGACCAGUACGAGUCGUACUACGACUACAGGAACUUGAGUAAAAUGAGGAUGAUGGAAGCAUCUCUCUAUGACAAGAUCAUGGAUCAGCAAAGAUUAGAACCUGAAUUCUUCAGAGUCGGAUUCUAUGGGAAGAAGUUUCCUUUCUUCUUACGGAAUAAGGAGUUUGUGUGCCGAGGCCACGACUACGAGAGGCUGGAGGCGUUCCAGCAGCGGAUGCUCAACGAGUUCCCCCACGCCAUCGCCAUGCAGCACGUAAACCAGCCCGACCAGACCAUAUACCAGGCAGACGCACAGUACCUGCAGAUCUAUGCUGUAACCCCCAUCCCCGACAGUCAGGAUGUGCUACAGAGAGAUGGAGUGCCUGACAACAUCAAAAGCUUCUACAAGUUUAAUCACAUCUGGAGGUUCAGAUAUGACCGGCCCUUUCACAAGGGCACCAAAGACAAGGAGAAUGAGUUUAAGAGUCUGUGGGUGGAGAGGACAACUCUGACUCUGAUCCAGAGUCUUCCAGGCAUCUCCCGCUGGUUUGAAGUUGAAAAGAGAGAACUGGUGGAGGUAAGCCCACUGGAGAAUGCGAUUGAGGUGAUCGAGAACAAGAACUUGCAGUUGCGCACAUUGAUCACCCAGUGUCAGAGCCGGCAGAUGCAGAACAUCAACCCUCUCACCAUGUGCCUCAACGGGGUCAUCGACGCCGCGGUCAACGGGGGACUGGCCCGCUACCAAGAGGCCUUUUUCGUGAAGGACUACGUUAUGAAUCACCCCGAGGACGGAGAGAAGAUCGGGCGACUGAGAGAGCUCAUGUUCGAACAGGCACAUAUAUUGGAGUAUGGCCUUGCGGUGCACGAGAAGUUUGUUCCUCAAGAUAUGAGACCCCUGCACAAGAAGUUAGUGGACCAGUUUCAUCUCAUGAAGUCCAGUCUAGGCAUACAGGAGUUUCCAGCGUAUGUGCGCGCGAGCCCGGUGCACUUCACCAACGGAAGCCCGCGGACGUGCAGGAACUCCGUGCCCAGCAUCAUUAGCCCAGAUGGCGGCAGAGGAGUUGCCAGGCGGAGUUUCCAACGAAGAACCAGCUACCCUGCGGUGAACCGUUACUCCUCGUCCUCUCUGUCAUCUCAAGCCUCCAAUGAAGUCAGUAACAUCACAGGGCAAUCGGAGAGCUCGGAUGAAGUCUUCAACAUGCAGCCCAGCCCAUCUACCUCGAGCCUCAGCUCCAACCAUUCUGCCUCGCCCAACGUCACCAGCUCAGCCCCAUCCAGUGCCAGAGGAUCCCCUCAGAUGGCAGAGAAACACAAGCAUUCCAGAGAAAAUGCCUGUCUGUCUCCACGAGAGAGACCGGUCAGUGCCAUCUUCCCCAACCCCCUCGAUCCUGCACAGAGAGCCCCUGCUCAUCAGAUAGGUGAUACCACUUUACCGAGGAGUGACCCCAACCUCUCAGCGCCAGAUAAAGUGAGGCCCGCUCCCAGUAGUUGGAGCCUAGACAGUGUCAAAGAGGGUAUGCCACACUCCUCUGACUCUGGUGGCAGAAUGCUAUGCCCUCCUGUACCUCCUAGGCCACCGUACUCAGGCUCCUCGGCUAAAAACAUGAGGUCACAGUCUCCUGUUCCCACAUCCAGAUCACCGCAAAAGACCACAGUGCCACCUUUCACCCCUUCGCCCACUGAGUGCCAAUCUGCCAGUCUGGUCUCCAACUCUCCAGUCCUGUCCGGCAGCUACAGCAGCGGCAUAUCCUCCCUCAGUCGCUGUAGUGUGUCCGAAGCUUCAGGAACCGAGCUCCCCACAGGUGACCAUCCGCCCCACCAACUGCCUCCACCUACCACCUUGCCAAACUCUGUCUCCAGUAGCUCGGACGAGCCCAUCCGCAGAGAGAACAAGACACCGCCACCCUACAGCGUGUACGAGAGGAACAACCCCCGCAGGCCCGUGCCGCUUCCCCACAGUCUCUCCAUUCCCCCACAGACGGACCCCCCGGCCCUGCCGCCCAAACCUCACCAGCUCCGCACAGGCAGCAUGAAGUUGGAUGGAACCGCCGACCCUCGAGUCCCCAGACCGAGGCCUCUGCCCAGGAAGGUGUCUCAGCUAUAGGUGCUGGUUACAGAGCACACAAAAGGAGAUGGUGGGAAGAAAAAAAAACUGGCAUAUUUUGCACUUUUCUACAUGGCACUCACUUUUUUUUAGAGACAUUCAAUUUGGCAUUCCUGACCUACACUCCAAUAAAAGACACAAGCCUACACAUUAACAGGCAGUCUAGAAACUGAAAAGCUGGCAGAUAAAGUUUCUUUUGUAUUUACUAGAGGACAUUGCAUUGACUUUGACUUGGUCGUUCUGCACUUUUAGCUCUAGUACAUACAAUAGCUCACCACAGUCAGUUGUAACACCACACGUUUACCGAACACUCUAGAAAAACACAGUUUUGAUAGAUGUAAUAAUCUCAAAUAUAUGUAUAUUGGUAUAUAUGAGAAUUGUUUUGCCUUAAGUAUUGGAAACAGAGUCUUUUAUCUGUGAGUCUUGCACGUUUUUUUUCCCCUUAACAGCUCAGUAUAUUUGUAUACUGUACGGCUAAAAAAAAAAAGGUGCUAGAGACCUCGAGUAUGCAUUUCAUUGAAGUGUAGUAGACAACGGUGUGUUCUUAUUUUCAUAUCCACAUAAGCAAUGGUACAAAAACCUCAAACUUUGAACUGAUACUAACAAAAAUGUAUGGAAUUUAAAAGAUCUAAUACCUGUGUUGUUGAUUUUACAAAUUUGACCGCAUUUGUGACCUUAUAUUCGUUAUUAAUAUGCAGUAAUACAGAAACUCUGGCAAAUGCAACUUUGACACAAUAAUGAGAGCAGUUUUACUUCAUGUGGUCACAUUCAAUUUGAAACCUCAGCAGACUUUUAGUGUGAUUUGAAAUCUAAAGAAACCCCUCUGCUGCCAUUCUUUCUUCUGAAAUUUGAACAUUUUUAAAUCAGCGACUUGCUAAAAUUACCCAUAGUGACAAGAAGAGUCUGGACCAAACACAUAGGUAAAGGUAGGUGCAGUUUCUAACUCAAACUGGAAUUUUUACAAUGCCUAUUGCCGUUAACGUGAACACAUCCUAUUCCUCCUGCAUGAUGUAUAUGACAACAGGGAGGGGGGGAGGGGAUCGAGUAAUGUGCCAAAGGAAACUGAACAAUGUGCUGUCAAGAACCUUUCUUUUUCUUUUUUUUAAAACUGGGACCUGGAAUCAAGAAAAUAGGAGAAGCUCAGCUGCAAAAGGGUCUCUUUUUCCCUGUUUUCCUAAUAAAUAAUCAAAUUUACCCCAAAAUCUAAAUUAAUCUUUAACCUACUGAUAAGACGAAACUUUCGAAAAGCACAAACAAUAGCUUGUCGUCCGCAUUAUGACCUGUACUGUUAUUCUAAAGUCUUUAUUUGACAAAGCAGUAAUUGGAGCAGAUUUUCACAGUCAGCAGUGACCUUAAAACACAUGAGGAAUGAUGUUGUGUUGGGAAAAUAUUUACAAGCUAAUCACUGACAAAUAUUUGUACAGUUGACGUCUACUUUCUGUUUAAUUAAAAAGAGGACGUGAGUUAACUUCUCAGCACAACCACAUCGCAUUGCUGCAGUGAAGUAAAUGUUCUGUGGCAGGCAAAUCUCACACUGUUUUGUAAAAUGGAGACAUUUUUUUUGGCAUAAUAUAUUAAUAAAUUCAAUCCUGUGCAAAAUGUUUUUGGCUGGGGGGCGGGAGUGGGUAGCUUUGGUAUUGUUUGGAUAUGUUUCAUUUUUUGUACGGUUGAUUUACUUUUUGAUUUGUUGUGAAUUAUUUGAGAUUAAAUAUUCACAUUAAUCAGCACUUGAGAACCUGUAAAUUAAAUGAGAUUAAUGUAAGUAUGCCAAAUAUAAAAUUUGUGUAUUACAAUUAAUGUAAAUAUUGUGUUUUUAACAAAAUGUAGCUAUAACAAUUUACAGCUUUGAAUGUAAUGUUGAAGCAGCAAAUUAUUAUUAUAAAUGUUCAAACUUUUAUGGUUUUGUGAGUGUAGAAAAACUGAGGUCAUGCAUAAUGACUCCUAACUCAUUUACAAGUUCAAUAAACUGCCCUAUGUCAUA